AAUCUACCCCUGAUUACCGAGCGACAUCACCCCCAUAAUCCUAGUUUGCCCCUUUUCCCUCUAAACCCUCAAAAUUACUCUCUGCAACCUAUAAAUAUAACGGCUUUCUAUAAUUUCCUCAUCUCAAUUCUCUCUCUCUCUCUCUCUCGCGUAUACGCACUCUCACACACGUAGAUAUUCAAGGUACCUACGAUCAACCAUUGUCGAAGUAUUAUUACUGAUUUUUUCGCUUCAAAUUGUUAAAUGGAGGAGUUAUUUCAGUAUAUGCAGACUCUCCGCUCUCAGAUCAACGAUGUGGCGGAUCAAGCAGCGGAGAUAUCAGUUGAGGAGCAUAUGCAGACCACAACAAUGCAGACUCUCCAGAAUGAUCUCGAUUUAGUGAGGAAUGAAAUUAGGCAAGUCAAGGAGGAAAGUGAUAAGAUGACCAAAACAAAGGGGCAUAUCUAUUUGCAGAUUUUGGAAAAACAGAGGAAAAUCACGUCUCUGGAAUCUGAUUCUUCCACCCUCAGUCGGACAUUGGAGCUUAUGCAACAAGAACGACUUGGCCUUUCAGGAAAACUUGUGGAUCGAAGUGCAUAUUAUAAGAAGAUUGCCGAGGAUAUCAGUGGACAACUAAAAGAACAACAGGAGUGGAUCAAAUCUCGAAAUUUUAGCUCGCGAACCAAAAAGGGCAUGGUAGGUGAGAAAGCAGAUGAAACAAAAGGUUUCCAGGAUAAUAUGGGUCCAACUAUGAUGAUGAACUUUCAAGCUGCUCAAGCCAACUUUGAUAAGAUUGGACAACUAAAAUCAAAUCUUGUUGUGCAGAAUUCUAAGCUGAGGGAGUCUGUUGAACUAGUGAAGACUAAAAUGACUGACUUUAAGCCAGAACUUAGGGAGAUGGAUGAGAAAAGCUUGGCAAAGGAGCUACAAGAACUCUUAUCUGACAAAACCCGACAAGCUGAGUAUGUGCAAUCUCUGCAACUCCAGAUUAUGAGAAUAAAGGAAAUUUCGCACGAAAUUAGGUGUUCUUGUGGAGAGAAAUACCAUGUGAGACUGGAUAUAUGAGCUUAACAAUUCAGGUGGCAAAGAAACAAGGAUUCUUGCAGGGAUCUUUACUAUGUACCUCUUUCAAAUAUUUUCCUAGCUGGUAAAAAGAAAAUGUAGAUUUGUGACCAUUGUAAGAAUAAUCAAGAAGUGUAGUAUCAUGUAUCACUAUAUCAGUCCUCCUUCAAGUCGGGAACCCUGCUAUCUUUCCUAAUAAACUAGUAAUGAAAAAAGGGUCUUCGACUCACUCUGCAGUGUGCUUCCAAUUUAUGAAUCACAUUUAGAUCUAUCCAUUA